UCUCCUCACCGAGGCUAGUAGACUAGGCUAUGCUAUAGUGGUCGUCGUCUCUCUCCUCGCCAUUGACCUCGGCUUGGCUCGCCAUGAACUCGCUUCUGAGGUCGCAGCUACCGGGCCCGAGCCUGGGCGCGAGGCGCCGGGUCUCACCGGCGACGGCGCCGAGGAGGCUAGGCUCUGCGGCUUUUGGCGGCGAGCAGAGAUGCCGGCGGGGGUUGGCGGUGGCGAUGUCGGCGGCGCCGUCGUGGAUGGAAGAGGCGGGGGUGGCGGUGCUGGAGGAGGGAGGGCGGCGGAACCCGUCGGUGUCAGACUCAUAUAGGCCGGCGGGGCUGCCGCGGCCGAACGCGACGGUGCUGGAGGCGCAGGCGCGGGUGUGCACGGGGCCCAGUCAGACGCGCCCGCUCGGGGAGGAGCACGCCAUGCGCGUCCUUGACACCAUCCUACGCUCCGCAAUGGGAGAACUCAAAGAUGAGCCAGUCUCCAGUGCACAGCUGGGUGCAUUCUUUGCUGGCAUGACGAUAAGAGCUAAUUCUUUUCCAGAGGCCACCCAAUGGAGUGAGGGUGAGCGACGUGCCAUGAGCAUAUUUUGGCCACGCCUUGUGCAAGUUCUUCCUCCUGAGGUGAAGUUUAUAGCUGACCCAGAAGGAACAAUCAUGGGUGCAAAUGGUUUAACAGGACCUCGGUAUGUUGGUCAAGGUACUGGAGAGAUGAGACUUGUUGGUGCUUUGAGGGAAGUGCUUGCUGGUGGCCAUUUAGGUUAUGAGGAGGUUCAAUGUGUACUGAAGGAUAUUCUGUUAUUUGGAUCAAGUGCAAGUUCAACAGUGGUCAGUGAAGCACUGCUAGCAGCAUUUUUUAUUGGACAGCGGAUGAACAGAGAAACUGAUUGUGAGCUCAAAGCUUAUUGUCUAGCCUUCGAUGACGAACUAGGCCCUCCUCCAGUUGCUGAUGUCAAGUCCUUGACACACUACGGUGAACCCUAUGAUGGAAAUACACGCUUUUUCAGGAGUACUCUAUUUGUUGCCGCUGUUAGAGCCUGCUAUGGUGAGUCUUGCCUCCUCCACGGCGUUGAAUGGAUGCCACCCAAGGGUGGCAUAACAGAAGGGCAGAUGCUUAAAUUCAUGGGUGCAAACACACGCUUGUCUCCAAUGCAGGCCAAAACACUGUUGGAGGAUGAGAACGCUGGUUUUGCAUACUUGAAUCUCCAAGAAGCUUGUCCACCGUUAUAUUCAAUUAUUGGGCUCAGGGAGCAUAUUAAGAAACGACCACCAUUGGCUACCUCUGAGAAAGUUCAACAAUUUGUGAGAGCACGUGGUAGAGAAUCAAUGGUUGCGGGAUUUUAUCACGAGGGCUAUGAAGAUCCAUUGCUUAUGCUAAUGAGAAGGAGAACUGUUCAUGCUGGACUAGUUGUAAAGGGUGAGGAAGGUGCACUUUCAAUGACAACCAAGGAAAGAUCAGCUCAUGCAUCAAAAGGACUUCCGGUGAACCAUUGUUCGGGGUUCCGUACACCAAAUAUCAUAAAUUUCUCCGACACGGAUGGUGUUUCUAGGGAGAGUUUCAGGAUCAUUGUGAAUGCUCAGGAACUUGGUUUUGAAUCCACUGAAACUCCAAGAACUGAUAGAUCAGUCCUGAAAAACUUGGAGCUGGGUUUGGCAGCACUUGGUGGGGAGAAAGGGGCAGCUUAUGACCGAAUAGUUCUUAAUGCAGCUAUGGUUGACCAUUUAUUAGGCUGCAGCGGAGCUGAAGAUAUCAACGCUGCUCUUGACCGGGCAAGAGAAGCCAUUGACAGUGGUAAAGCUCUGAAAAAGCUCAUGAACUACAUAAAAAUCUCGCACAAAGUGUCCUAGCUAGCCGUGACCAAGAGCGGGCUGCACAAUUUUGGUUUCUAAGUCACGGUCGAAUAGCUCUUCUCUGAGUGCCUUCACCACUUAACAUACAGAACAGCCGGUGCAUGAAUACUCCUCUAGAAGGGCUUGUUAAUAAAUCAGUUUAAAUCAACGAUAGCUUGUUGAAAAUUUUAUUCUUUCCUGAUAGAAGUUGAUGUUGUAAGAAUACACGAGACUAUAGUGGGACUGUUAAUGCUUUACACUAAGACUCGUCAAGGUAUUGAUCAUUUUGAUUUUGUUUGUGGAA